AGUUUCGGAAGGCUGUUGUUGCCCGCGAAGGACUACCGAUAGUUUGAACUCGGACGUCGGGGCAAGUACAUCGUCGGGAGCGCUUUUCCCUACGAGUGUUACGUUUAUAGUGCCGUAGAAAGAGUAAUUAUUUUCUUUCAUGUUUUUCCUGUGAAUCUAUUGUAACAAUUAUUCCUCAACGACCUGUAUAAACAAAGAAACGGUAAACGAACACACAGCGCGGACAAGAGGAUUCCGAAAUGAAUUUAUCGUUCGCUGGAUGUGGCUUCCUUGGUAUUUACCACGUCGGUGUGGCGGUGUGCUUUAAGAAAUACGCUCCACACUUGCUCUUGGAUAAGAUUAGUGGUGCAUCGGCUGGUGCUAUCGCUGCUUGUUGCCUCCUUUGUGAUUUACCCCUCGGGGAGAUUACGAGUAAUGUAUUACGUGUUGCACGCGAAGCACGACAAAGUACUCUUGGCCCGUUCAGUCCCUCUUUCAAUGUACAGGAAAUAUUAUUAGAAAGCUUGCAAAAGUUCCUUCCCAACGACGCUCACAUUCGAGUAAGCGGUAAACUCCAUAUCUCCUUGACAAGAGUAUACGACGGAAAAAAUGUAAUCGUUUCACAAUUCUCUUCUAGGGAAGACUUAUUGCAGGCACUAUUAGCAAGUGCAUUUAUUCCAUUCUUUUCUGGUCUUCUACCACCACGAUUUCAUGGAGUGAGAUACAUGGAUGGCGGUUUUAGCGACAAUCUCCCUACACUCGAUGAAAAUACAAUUACAGUUAGUCCUUUCUGUGGUGAAAGUGAUAUCUGUCCUAGAGAUGUGUCUUCCCAACUCUUUCAUGUGAAUUUUGCAAAUACUAGUAUAGAACUUUCGAGACAAAACAUAUAUAGAUUUGCAAGAAUACUUUUUCCACCUAAUCCCGAGAUACUCUCAAAUAUGUGCAAACAAGGAUUUGACGAUGCAUUAAGAUUUUUGCAUCGUAAUAAUUUACUUAAUUGUACUAGAUGUCUGGCAGUGCAAUCCACAUUUGUUGUCUCUGAGACUCUCGAUGAUAACAUGGAAUAUGAUCCUGAAUGUAUGGAAUGUAAAAUGCACAGACAGGAAGCAUUGGUGUCUAAGUUACCUGAAACCGUUAUGACUAUAUUCCAAGAUGCAAUCGAUUCUGCUAAUAAAGGCCUUAUUAACUGGUUAUUCAAACAUCGAAGUGUAAAACUCCUAUCGUUACUUAGUUUACCGUACACGUUGCCUGCAGAUGUAGUGUAUGCAACUUUUACAAAGUUCGUUUUAAAUGUUCCCAAAUUACGAAGAAAUUUGUUAGAAUUAAGAACGUUUUUCUUGGAUCAGUUAAAUAUUUUAUUCCCUAAAAUCAAUGUGUAUUAUCAACGAGUGCCACAGACUAUUAAGUGUCACUUAGCUUUCACAGAAUAUGGAUCGAAUAUAUACAAAAUGGAAGUACUAGAUGAAACUGACAAUGUGUACAAAAAUCAAAAGAAUCUGAACUUGACUUUACAGUACAAUGAAAUGCAACCAUGGAAUGAUCACAGUAAUAAAUCGAAGUGUGUUAUAAAUAUGUCCGACCUUACAACGGUUGACGAUACUUUUGAAAAUAUUCUACAGGUAACUUCGGAUCAAGAAGCUGUUAUGGCGUAUUAUUAUAUGGACGAUAAUAAUAAAGUACAAGUAACAGAGAUAUUUGAUGUUACGGAAUCGGAAUCGCAUGCAAUGUUAUCUAUAGAAGAAGUUGAAAACAAUAAAAAAUUACAGUUUGAUGAGUGGGAUGAACCCACGUGGUUAUCUCAACAUACAUUUAAUGAUGUUGUUACCGAGUCUCUGUAUACCGAUGGAAAUCAACAGAGUAUGGAGAAUUUUCAGUCCGAUCCGGAGAGCGAAUGGGCAGUGUGUAGAGAUUUACAAGCAAUACAAAUAUCCAGUCCUCCAGAUAGCCGGCCAGAAGUGGAUCAACCAUCGUUGAGUGUAUAA